AUGGAACCUGUCCCAGAAACCGAGAGGAUGGAGGCAUUCAGAGCCUCUCCCGUUCCUUCUCUAAGAUUACAAGAAUCUUCUAUCUACGAAAAUGGAAUCAGCGACCGAGAGCCCCCCUUCAAACCACCUAUCAUUCGCAGAACUACGGAUCCGACACCUCCUUCCCCCGGAUCUCCAGUAUUUUCAUCCCCAUUGAUCCCAUACCGACCUCGAAAUACGUCUCCAUAUUCUCGAGGGCAUUUCAGGUCAAAGUCUACGACGAGUGCUCUUGCUCCGCCAAUGUCUCGAGCUCAGUCUAUGCCGGCGUUUAAUGGAGCAGGCCAUUUACUCAUUUCGCCACAGCGUCCUUCGAGCCCUCUCGGAUCUCCAAGCCGUGUGCGUACACCGAGAAAACCAGUCGAGGAUGUAUUUCCAGGUUUACCAAACCGUAGUCUAAGGGACAUCAGCGAGAUGGGAGGGGACUCAUCAGCAGAAAACACCCCAAGAGCCACAGAUCGAAGCAGUUCCCCGAUUCUAGGGUUACCACCGGCAGCCAGCUUCCCCAGAACUCGUCGCCCUUCGUCUCCCCUUCGAUACCUUACUCAGCAGAAUACUACAACGAAUGUUACGACUCCCACAACCCCUUUAUCCAUUACCUCCUCUCCUUCAUACCCGUCCUCGAGAUCCAAUGAUAAUUUCCUUGGCACAAGCACCUAUUCUGGAUCUUUCAGCUACCCUGCUUCCUUUUCCUCGUCCUCUGUACCCUCUACGCCAACAUCUCUUAGAUCUCGAAGCCCCAGCAUAUCCAGUCUGGAGACCAUACCAGAUUCCCCUGAUGCAGAAGAGGCAGCUUUGGAAGCAGAGCGGAUUGCACAGCUUAAAGCCGCGGCUGAUGCAGCAGACGCUAGUGAAGCAGGAAAGACGGAUGGGCAACUCGAGAGCGUAGGUGGGCGAGGAAGGACAUUAGGAGUAGGAUUUGGUGCACGAGAUAAGCGUAAACGAUGGAGUGUAUGUGGAGCAGAGAGACGCGGAGAUUUGAAUUUGGACACCAUCUGGGAGGACUAA